AACCUUUUAUCAAAAAAGGGAAGGAGGAGCAGGCGGGUGGACUGGCUGAUAUUUUUCUUCUGUCCGAUUUGGUUAAUAAUGUCUUCGGUGCAAGUAGCGGUCCGAGUCCGUCCUUUGAAUAAAAGAGAAAAGCUGUUAUCUUCCAAGGUGAUAAUUCACAUGAGGGGGAACUCAACAUCUAUUCAUAAGCCUUCGUCUGGCCGAGUGGACAAACUGAAGGACAGAGGGAAAACUUUUUCAUACGAUUACUCAUUUGACUCAACGGAUGUAGACAGUCCCACAUUUGCAUCACAGGAGAAGAUUUUCAAGGACGUUGGCUCUGACGUUUUAAAAACAGCAUUUGAUGGUUUCAACGCCUGUAUGUUUGCAUAUGGCCAAACAGGCUCAGGGAAAUCUUACACCAUGAUGGGACAUAAAGUUGAUAAAGGUUUAAUCCCACGAAUUUGUGAUGAAUUGUUCCUGGAGAUUUCCAACAGAAGCAAGAACGAGGCCAUGUCAUUUUAUACGGAGGUCAGCUAUCUUGAGAUUUACAAUGAGCGUGUACAGGAUCUCCUGAAGAAGAGACCACCAUGCUCAGAAGGUGGAGGCUUGAAAGUGAGGGAGCACCCUACGGAUGGACCUUAUGUUGAGAAUCUGUCAAAACAUGUGGUGCAAAGCCAGAGUAACAUGGAGAGCCUGAUCACGCUUGGGAAUGCCAGCCGCACCAUAGCCAGCACGGGCAUGAAUGACUUCAGCAGCCGUUCACACACUAUCUUCACUAUCAUGUUUACUCAGGGAUGGUUUGAUGGGGAGUUGCCACAUGAGAGACGAAGUAAGAUCCACCUGGUGGAUCUGGCUGGCAGUGAGAGAGCUGAUAGCACGCACACCACAGGCACCAGGUUGAAGGAAGGUGCCAACAUUAACAAAUCGCUGGUCAUCUUGGGCAGUGUAAUCUCGGCUCUAGCUGACCUCGCAGUGAGUGGACAGUCGGCAAAGAAGAAGCAGAUCUUCAUUCCUUACAGAGACUCUGUGCUGACAUGGCUUCUGAAAGACAGCCUUGGUGGAAACUCAAUCACUACAGUUGUAGCAACCAUUUCUCCUGCUGACGUGAACUACGAGGAGACUCUAAGCACUCUGCGCUUUGCCAGCCGGGCUAAAAACAUAAUGAACACCCCCACAGUGAACGAAAAUGGCAGCAUCAAGGUGGUGAGACAGCUGCAGGCGGAGGUCGCGAGACUCCGAUCACUACUAGCUGAAGCUGAUCAGGUCUUUGAUGGAGAUGGGUCUACCUCUUUGAAGAAAGGAGAGAAGCUGCAAUUCAAUCAAGAAAAGGUCGAAACCCUCACCAAACAAUGGAGCACUAAGUGGAGGGAUGCUCGGAGUGUUCUGGAGGAGGAAAGUGUAGCUCUGAGAAAGGAGGGGAGUGGUGUCGUCUUGGACUGCCAGUUACCUCAUCUUAUUGGCAUCAAUGAAGACCACCUCAAAACAGGAAUCAUCCUCUAUUAUUUAAAAGAGGGCAGAACCUGGAUUGGAAGUGAUGUAGCCUUAUGUAAUCAGGAUAUUAUGCUUUCUGGACCUGAACUCCUUCGUGAACAUUGUCUGCUUGAGAACUGUGCUGGGAUUGUUACUUUGCUCCCUCAGGAUGGCGCACUGUGUUCUGUUAACGGCUCUGUGGUCACACAUCCCUGCCAGCUGACUCAGGGUGCAAUUAUACAGCUAGGAAGAGGACCCAUACUGCGGUUUAACCACCCAGCUGAAGCUUCGCAGCUGCAAGAAAAACAGAGCGGGCUGCUGUCUGCUUCCUCCUCGUCUUUGACUGACUUGUCCAAAUCUGCGGAGAAUCCAUCCAAGGCGAAGCUGCAACACUCCAGUCAGAUGGAUGUGCUGGCUGCAGAGAGCAAGUCCAGAGACCCAAGAAUUUGUCUCCAAUCUGAUCCGACAGAGAACCUAAUUACAGCCAUUCCUGAAAGAGAUCCUGUCCCUCAAACAGUUUUCCAGUUGGGCAGAGAUGCACUUCAGGGUCAAGGAAGCAUCUGGGAUGGCCAGGAGCAGGAGAGGGACUGGUGUCAUAAAUCAGGGCCAGGGCUCAUGUCUGAGAACCCACAGAGGACAGUUCGGAGUGGAGCUGGUGUUGCAAGUUGUGAGAGAGAGGAAGUUUCGUCAGGGGAUGGCAGCUUCCAACAGACAUGUGUCCUGGGCCUGGGUGAUGGAUGUGGCAUGAGGCCAGAAGGGAAUGCUAAUGAGAUCCAAGGUGUCGACACAGACUGCUAUAAGAGGAGACCUGACUCUGGUGGGAGCUCAUUAGACAGCGUGUCCCACCUGCACAGAAGUGGAGGAAGUAGCUCCUUGUCGGUCUUCCCACAGUCCAGCACUUAUUCUCAGCUCGACAGAAAACCACUUAGCAGUCAGAUGGCCUGUUGUCCACCCAAAGACAAAGCAUUCCAAGACCAGCACGGUUGUGGCAAAAUGGAUGAAACUGGAAGUUUACAGGAGAUCAAAGGAGCUGCAGAAAACCAAGUUCAAAAAUCAGGGCUGAGCUCUUUGUUUAGCAAAGUUUCAUGUAUUGUCCAAGACAUGCACCAUCUUCUUUGGUGGUCUCCUGGUUUCCUGCACCAGUUGACAACCACAAAAUUACAACCUGUUGGUGCCUGCUUGUCCAGCUGUGUUCUGUCUAUAGUGAAGGACAGCCACAUCCCCUCCAUGGUCAGAGGGAGCUUUGCCUUUUCUCUUAUCAGUAAGAGUCCUAUUUUCUCAGUAAUAAAAUCUCUUCCUCUAGUACAGCACAUCCAAAUGAAUAUAACUCAUGAACUUCAGCCCAAAGAGGCAGCUCUUAUGAUUCAGGACUGCAAUAAUCCCAACAACACACAACUCUCAGCCCUGAUGCCAGAACAAAUCGUGACAGAAAAAUUUGUAGAUGUGCUAAAAGUCUCGGAGGAUUUCUGCAAGACAGUUUUGCAGUCACCAGAAAAGCAAGAAGGGAAUAAUAUUCAAAUAAAACAAAAAGAUGAUGUUAUUCCUGAACCUUUGCUGCCAAAUCAAAGACCUCUGUCUUACAGCAAAGGUUGUAAGACGAAGGUCUUUGCAACUGAAGAUGUUGAUCAGGCAGGAACUGUUGACGUUAACAUUCAAACAUUGAUCAAAUUUCCUAAUCCACUUCUGAAGCUACAGACUCUGCCACUGGGAGAUCUGAUGGGUGUAGUACAAUCAGUCUCCUGUUCAGUGCUUACCUCCCAGAGGAUCGUAGCACUUCACUGGUUGAACGUAGCCAAAUGUAGCCAACCUGAUCCCCAGCCUGGCCUCCUGAUUCUGACAAAAACUGGUCUCUACACACUGACUGCCAACUCUGGAACCGUGGUCUUGUUCCAUCACCUCCCUUUGUUGCAGCUAAGGGACAUACUGAUAGGCUUUGCUGGCCAAAGUUUACGUUUAAUGGGCACUACAGAGGAAAGCAUCCUGGGUGUUUACGCCCACAGCCAGAAGCAAACCAAAGAGCUGUGCUGGGCCAUACUAAAUUCUGCCUGUUCUGGGGACAGCAGGAUAUAUCAGUGCCGAUUGCUACAUGAAAACUUGAUGACGUUAUCCCUAUACUGUGAGGUCUAUGUGCCUGACCUGCUGCUGGACUCUGGUUUAAGGCUUUACUGUCGAUUUCAGAAGAGUCUCACUGAUCUGCUUUAUCUUAUUUAUUGUAAUAUGGAUCAAGCGACAGUCACUCUCGGUGAGUUGACACUUUUAAUGUAUGCAAGUGUGGCUGUGCACAUGAGCUGCAAUGUUCACAGUGAACUGCUGGCCCAGUUCUUUCUCACAGAUACCCAUCUUGGUCUGGUAAGAGAGAACGUUGUGUUUCCAAAAGCAAAGUUUCCUCAGUUUGACGUUUUAACUCUUUGUCGGUGCUCGGAUGUGCAAUGCAUACUGGUGCAUGAUGAAGACAGCACCAGAUCUGUCAGGCUGGAUGUAAUCGUUUCAAAAGCAGGGGCCAGGGGUCACCCUGAAAGUGUGACGAAGCCAGAUACCCUAUCUGAACAUCCUUUAAAUUCAUCUCCGCACUCAGAAGUGUGGAAAUUAACUUUCAGUUGCUCCACAGAGGCCACCUGCCUUAUUAAUCACUUGUCAAAUAUCUGAUCAAGGACUGAACGGUCGGUAAUGAACAGCCCAGCUUGAAUACUCUCACUUACUGGGAGCAGUGGCAAAAAGUGCAUUCUAACCAGACACUGCAAAGGAUGCUUUCUCUAUUAAAUGACAGUGAAAACUAUGACCUACUUUAAAAUUUUUGCAUUGUUUUAAUUUGUCAUAUUAAUGUCGCAUGGCCUUUGCACUCUGAAUUUUAUCUUUAAAACACUUGAAUUUAUUUGUUGUUGUAAUGAUAUUUAUUCACUGCUUUGUUUGUUUUAACUUGUAAUGUGACACUGUAAAGUGUUUGUCAUUGGGAUUAAAAAUGAGUGUCACAUUAAUAGGUCUUGUAUUUUGUAUUUUUAUAGCUAAUGAUUAAAAGGAAAUUAACGUAAUGUGUUCUGCUACUGUAAUGUAUUCUAUUUAAAAAAUUUGUGAUUUUGUUUGUGAAUGUUUCAAAUAAAAGUUGAAUCCAA